UCACUAAUGAAGUCAAUGGAACUGUGAGAGCGGGGAAAAGAUAAGUGAUAGGAGACUAUGCGUGGGACCCCUGAGGGAAGACCGUGAUACGGUGGCCUCGUGUGGCUGACCUAGGGAUGGUUGAAAAAGACGCGUGGGAAAUCACUAAAAAUACGCACCUGUGUAAAAAAAAAAUACACAGGAAAUUUGGCGGACUGCAUGUGACAGAAACGUGAUACAGGACGGGGAUGGUGAUUGUUGACACUUGUAAAGGAGAGCAGUGAUUCUGUGGGAUGUUGAUAGAUCGAGAAAUGCAUGGAGCCCCGAAAGAGAGCGAAGAUUCCCGAGUUAGAGGACUUGGGUCUAAAUCCCACUCGUGCCCAUUGUUUUUGUUGACAGUGGACACGGCCGUACCUUCUCGCAUCCUCCGUUUCCUCUUUGCCAUUCUAAGUCCUAUGUUUUUCUACAUAAGUGGAGAAAGCAAUUUGGGCAAGUGGUGACCACCUUCACUUUACGAUGUCUGAAGAUGAAGAAAGAGUGAAAUUGCGGCGUGUUGAACCAGCUAUCCAGAAAUUCAUUAAAGUGGUAAUCCCAACGGACCUGGAAAGGUUGAGAAAACAUCAGAUAAAUAUUGAGAAGUAUCAGCGAUGCAGACUUUGGGAUCGGUUACAUGCAGAACAUAUCCAUGCAGGACGGACAGUUCAGCAACUUCGCUCCAACAUCCAACAAAUGGAGAAGCUAUGUUUGAAAGUCCAUACAGAUGACAGGGGAGUUCUGAAAAGAAUGAUGGACCCUGUUAAAGAAGCAGCUUCAGGUGCCAUAGCAGAAUUUCUCCAACUUCACUUGCAGUCUGCAGAAGAACUUAAAAAUCAGUUUAAUGAUGAUGGAACCUCACUUCAAUCUCCUUUGACAAGAUCAAUGACUAUAGGAGAAGCAUUUCAUACCACCAGAGCUGAAGCUGGUCCCCAGAGUUUGGUCCAGGUGUAUUCAACCCUGCCUGAAAUUCCUCAAGAUCAAAAUGCUGCAGAAUCCUGGGAAUCUUUAGAAGCGGAUUUGUUGGAGCUCAAUCAACUAAUUACUGAUUUCUCUCUGUUAGUGAAUUCUCAGCAGGAGAAGAUUGACAGCAUCGAAGACCAUGUCAACAGUGCUGCUGUGAAUGUUGAAGAGGGAACCAAAAACUUAGGGAAGGCUGCAAAAUACAAGCUGGCAGCUCUGCCUGUCACAGGUGCAAUCAUUGGAGGAGUAGUAGGGGGUCCACUUGGCCUCUUUGCAGGCUUCAAGGCAGGAAUUGCAGCUGCAGUUGGUGGUGGGUUGUUGGGCUUCACAGGUGGAAAAUUGAUACAAAGAAAGAAACAGGAAAUGAUUGCGAUCACUUCCAGCUGUCCAGAUCUUCCUAGGCAAAGUGACAAAAAAUCCAGCUGAAAACCAGACCUGUUUCAUUAGGAUCCCUAUAGCAGUUUGCCAACAAUGAUGGACUCGCAAGUCAGCUCAUGGAAGACAAGUUUACUCAUUGAUUCAAGGAAUGUAGACAAUCAUAUGGAAUGGAAAUGGAAUCCAAGGAAACAUUUUGUCAUUUGACAAAGUAUUAAUUGGGAUAUUUGUGUUUCAGUAGCCAGGUGUUGAGAACUGCCUCUCAGGUGAAGUUCAGAGAUGGCUGUUAAAUUACAAAUUUUGUACCUAUGUGAUGGUUGAGUUAUGACCUUCACAAGGACUAGGAUCAUUUGCCAGUCUGUCAGUGUUUAGUUUUAAAGUAGGUUUAAGGGAUAUUAGAGGAAUGUUUUCCUUAUUUACCCUGACUUGCAGAUCUAAAGAAUUGACAAGUUUAUAGGAAAUUAUUUCAACUAUAGAAAGAAAAUGAAAGUUAUUCUACAAGCCUUUCCUUGGGGAACUGGAACUUGGUCUCUGGGUGGAAGUAAAAUUGAGAUGUCAUCAUGUUCAGUGUGUGUCUACUGGGUGAGACUGCUACAGUCUGGCACGUGCCCAGGGGACUGAAGUGAAUGAAGCCCAGCACAACACAGCCUUACCUUGCCCAGAACUGUUAAAAGAAUGGAAAGACAUAUCCUUCAUAUCCUGUUUUCUUUUCUUUUUUUUUUCCUCCAAAACAUCUCCUACCUCUCUUCCAAGCUCUAUUUAUUACUUUGAACUUGCCUUCUUUCCUUCUUUUUUUUUCUUCUGCCUCUCUUUAAAUAAAAAAAUAAGUGAUAGGAGACUUCCUUUGCCAGUCAUAGACAUUCCUGCUAAUCUCUUUCUACAUUUUCAAGGAUCCUUUGCUUCUUAUGGAAAUAUUUUAAAAGAUUAAUUCAACAAAUCUACAAAGAAAUUUUAUUUACGGUAUGCACUUUACAAUUCUUUUUCUCUGUACUUACUUUCCUAAACCUCCAAGAUAAAAAAAAAAAAAAAAAAAAGAUCCAAUCAUCAUUCAGUCUGAUUUAGUGUUUAAGUCAGAGAGGGGAAAGAGCCAAAGUGACUUUUUUUUUUUUUUUUUUUUUGGCAGUUUUCAGUCUUAGGACAUUAGUGUACUCCUUGAAAGUAACCUUCUAGGGAGCUAAGCCUUGUCUGAAAAAUCUUCCCCUUAAGUAACAUUUUAAGAGGAGAGAACUUUAACUGCUUAUCUCAUCAGAUUAAUGUGAAAAGGCCUUGGAGUUUUAGUGGACUUCAAGACCAAUAUGAGCCAACAGUGUUAUUUGACAGCCAAAAAAUCUAAAGCAUUCUUAGGCUUCAUUGAUAGAAGUGUAGUAGUGUGCUGAUCAAGGGAAAUCAUUUGGUCAGCAUUUAUUUAGGGCCUGUGUGCCAAGUACUUUGCCAACCAAAGGAUACAAAGAAAGGCAAAAGAUAUUCCCUACUCUCAAGAAGCUCACAGUGUAAAGGAGAAACCUACUAGAUUCUGUGUUCGUCGUGACACAUAUAUCCCCAGUUCUGUAUUCUGUUUUUAGGGCCACAUCUCUGGAAAGAAAGUGACAAGGUUAUGUGCAUAUAUAAGAGGAUGGCCAAGAAUCUAAACCAAGGGUUUCAAGUGUAUAAACUGUAAGCCACAUGCAACCUGUAAAAUUCAAGUACUACCCAAAUAAAACUAAAAUGCAAUUAAGAAAUAUUGACACAAUAAAACAGAUAAUAUUACAUUUUGAAAUUAAGUCAAUAUGUGGCCCACAAAAAUUUUUAUGUAUAUCCAUUGGCCUUAAUUUCUAUUUAAGUGUGAAUACCACUGAUCUAAAACAUGCUAUAUGAAAGUCAGGUAAAGAUAGUAGGAAUGUUCAACCUAGAGAAGAGUAAAUUUGGAGGAUAUGUAAUAAUAUCCAUAAAAUAUUUGAAAGGCUAUUAUAUAACCUUUUUUUUUCUUGGUCUCAAAGGACCUUUUGAACAAAAACACUUAACAAGUUUUCUUCUUAAGUAAAAACAAUGGCCUGCCUACUUUAUCUUUUUUACUUAUACUAUUUACUUCUCUUUUUACUAUCUAACCAUUCAAGGAUCUCUCCAAAUUAUUAACAAGCUAUUUAAAGAUUUCACAAAGGUUUGGGUUGUACUUACCUCUUUUCCUUUACCCUCCAUUUCUUCCCUAUUCCCUCCCUUUUUUCUCUUUUACACACAUACACACACUUUAACAAUUUUCUUAUUAUGUUUAUCUUUUGGGUGAGGAGAGAGAAAUGUCUCUCCUACUCUAGCACCAACUUGAACAAAAGAUAAUAGGUUCCUUCUAUGGUACACAUUCAUCCAAUUGAUUAAUAUAAUAGAGUAGUUGUUGUGAGAGUGAUGAGUCAUGUGAUAUCAUAGUGAGCUGGAGGUCCUGUGAUUCCUCUAGCGUUGAGUUUAUUUCUAGGAAUUUCUGUUCAUCCUUAAUUUUUGACAUUAGUAUAAAAUCUAGAGAGAACCAUGAUUUUAUUAUUAAAGUUAUUAUUCAUUCUUACUAGUUUUACAAAGUCUCAGGAAAGAGAGCACUAUUUCCCCUUCUUUAUGUGGCCCUUGUAUUAUUUGCUAUCUGCUUUGAUAUCUAUUGUCUCCCAUCUGGUAUUACCCUGUCUGGUUUUAAUACAACAUUGUGUUAAUAUUUAUAUCUGAAAGUUUCCAUAUAGCUCCUUGGAACACUUAUGGUUUUUGGUUUUGUUUUUAGUUUUCCAAUCUUUCCUUGACACAAGGGUUUGGGAGAAGGAUUUCAAUUAGGAUAUAUUUAAUCAAUUCUUCAUUUAACAAGUUUUAAAUAAGUACCAACAACAUAGCUGCCAAACAUUGUGUUGAACAUUGAGGAUAAUAACGAUACUACUCCCAGAGUUAGCUGAGCUCUUCAAAAUGGUAUAUAGGCAGCUUCAAUGAAUAGAGCACUGGAUCUGGAGUCAAGAAGAGCUGAGUUCAAAUCCACCUUUAGACACUAACUUGGUGACCCUGGGCAAAGCCACUGUCUCUUUUUUUUCUCAUGUGGAAUAUGAGGAUAAUUGUAGCAUAUACCGUAGCGUAUACCUCCCACAGCUGUUGUAAGAAUAAAGUGAGAUAUUUGCAAAACACUUUGCAAACCUUAAAAUGUUAUAUGAAUGCUAGCUAUGGUGACGAUGAUGAUGUUAUAUGCUAAUUAUGGAAUAGAUCCCAUUUCUAACACAUGUUCUAUGUCUGGCAACUCCAUCCUUUCACCUUUUUUGCUAAAUUCAAUGUUAUUCCCCAUCAUUUUUCGUUCCACAUAACCUCCUGAUUGUUCCCAUGUUAAUCCACUCCUAAUCAUCUAUCUUAAUACUGGGCAUCCUCCAUGCCCUGCUUAGAUGGCACUCUUGAGUCAUUGCAAUUGAGAUAUAUAAAGCUAAUGGGUGUGGGAGGGGGGAGUUUCAGUGACUCAGAAAUGAGAUGGGACUUCCUAGCUAAACUCUUAGAUGACUAUUUUUAGAAUUGAGUUGUUGCUACCAAUGGUACUAAGAAUAAAAAUACCUCAUUUGCAUUA